UCGACCAGCCUUAAUGACAACCACCUAGCCGGCGCGCAGGUGCUCCUUCGCAUCCGAAUUCUACACCUCCACAUCGACUACCACGCAAGAUGCCCGGCUUACCCUCCUCCGUCGAUCUCGACGAGUGCAUCGCGCGACUGUACAAAAAGGAACUGCUGGCCGAGUCCGUCAUCGAAGCUAUAUGCGCAAAAACCAAAGAGCUAUUAAUGCGCGAGAGUAACGUUGUGCACGUGGCGGCCCCGAUAACAGUGGUGGGCGACAUACACGGACAGUUCUUCGACCUUAUCGAGAUUUUCCGCAUAGGCGGGUAUUGCCCUGAUACAAAUUACCUCUUCUUGGGCGACUAUGUCGACCGAGGCAUGUUCAGCGUCGAAACGAUAUCACUACUCGUAUGCUUGAAACUACGAUAUCCGAACCGCGUGCAUCUGAUCCGAGGAAACCACGAAUCUCGAGGCGUUACACAAUCCUAUGGUUUCUAUACGGAAUGCUCGCGGAAAUACGGCAACGCCAACGUCUGGCACUACUUUACGGACAUGUUCGACUUCUUGACGCUGAGCGUGGUGAUUGAUAAUCAGAUUUUCUGCGUGCAUGGAGGCCUCUCUCCUUCUAUACACUCCAUCGACCAGAUCAAGAUCAUCGACCGAUUCCGCGAAAUUCCCCACGAGGGGCCUAUGGCCGACCUGGUUUGGUCAGAUCCAGAUCCCGAGCGAGACGAGUUCUCAUUAUCGCCACGCGGAGCAGGCUACACAUUUGGCGCGCAAGUGGUGAAGAAGUUCCUUGCUGUCAAUGGAAUGGGCCAUAUCCUCCGAGCGCAUCAGCUUUGCCAAGAAGGCUUCCAAAUACUUUACGACGAUCGAUUAAGCACCGUUUGGAGCGCACCCAACUACUGCUACCGCUGCGGCAACAUGGCUUCAGUACUAGAAGUCGGCCUAGAGGGCCAAAGAUUUUUCAACGUCUUCGCAGCGGCCCCAGAGAACGAUGCACACAAAGACCUGCAGCAAGCCGGCGAAAGAGCGGCCGACGGGAAUGCACUACCCGACUAUUUUCUAUAGAACAUAGCGACGCAGUAUCACGACGAUGCAUGACACAGAGGCGAUAUUGAACGGCCUGGCGGUUUUUGACAGAGCGAUAGACUUGUACAGC